GUCUCGGUGGGUGACACGAGUCUUGAAGUCCACACCAGCCCUCUUAUCCCUUGCAAUAUCUUAUUGCCUUUAGGAAAGUGUCCAUGCGAGCAUAAAGCUCUCUCAACCUAAACCAACCAAUUGUUGUGAAUGUUUCCCGGGAUCGAGAAUUGUGUAUUUCGACCUAAAUGCACCUUCUACCUGAUUACCAACCGGAAGGAACGUUUCCGGUUAACCAUUAGAUACGCCUCUUUUCGUAAAAAAAAUCAAUAAAUAAAACACAGAUUGUGAAUAACACAGCUGCAAAUAAAAACCAGCAAAACCUACUCUCUGUAUCGUUAGAAGAGAACGCCCUUUUUAUCCGUGAAUUCAGUGACUUAGAUUGAUGGAAGAGGUGACUUCCCUUCAUCUCCACUUGGAACUGGAAAUGUGAUGUAUAGGUAGUACCAACAGUGACUCGUUCCCGGCAGACAACGAUUCCCUUUCACUUUCAGAGAUGUUAUGGGACGGAUGUCGAGGAAAGGACGAAAAAAAUAAGCAGAGCUUUAAGCACCUGGCAACUGCGGUAAAUCCAUAUAUAAAAGAGGAACUGCUGUCAGAGGACGAGAGUUUUGUAGGGUUAUCUGAUGGGCACGAAAAGUCAGUACUUCUGAAGAACGGUUAGAAUGGUGUAAUGACCAAACUGUGAACUUCGUGAAUUUCAAGUACUGCUGGAAAUAUUUUCUGGAGAGCAUGUGGUUCAGAAUUCUGCUCUUGAUGACUGUAAGCAGCACCACACUAGGCGAAGACCUUGGAGAUUCGAGCAGAGGAAGUGAAUAUCAGCAUGAAGAGAUGGUCUCUUCCCUGGUGCACAAGUUAUGUCCCCGUGGCUGUGGAGACCCAGAAUUUGAAGCUGUAAACAACACCAGCCUCUCUUUUAGUGCACUGUGUCAUCUUGUGUGCUUUACCCUUGUAGAGACAUCUGGAGGUGCAAGCAGAAAUACCCUAGGAAAGCAGUAUGAUAACCGACGGCAAGGCAUUUUCAGCAGAUCUGUUUAUAAUAGUGAUUUUCCCAGUGCUUUUAAAAGUGGCACCGGACCUCCUAAGGAUGGUAAACAAGUGGCAAAGACGCAGUCAGGCUCAAAAUUUUAUUUCGAUAAAUAUUCUAGGGAAAAAAUCAGAGGCCCAGCUCAAGGUGAUUUAGGUAAUUCAGGAAACGGUACUAAUGAUCUCGAAUCAUCAUUAAAGGAAAGGUUUUUCAGAGAUUUAGCGGCCCCUUUGACAAGUGCCGGUCCCUCAAAUAUUUCUAAAAUAAAACAAGUUCUCUGCUGUGGUUUUCAUAUAAAUCCAAGUGAGCAUCUUCAAGGUGCUCCUGACGGCGACGUUCUUAGAAACUCGCACGGUGAAAGUAUACAAUUAGUCAAGAACAGUGGAAUUAACCUUAUUAAAGUUGAUAAUUAUUCUUCCGAAAACAUAAGUACUUCAACAUAUCGAUUGCACGCAAGAACUGACGUUCUUCCUUUGCCGUCUCGUGCGCUUGCUACAAACUCGUCUACUGGUUUUAAAAUCACUGCACAGGGAUUUAAUAGUCAUAGAUUUCUUCAUAACAUAAUUAAUAUAAAAAACGUAUCUCAUUUUCGGUUUCCUAAUCAUCCAAAGAAAAAUGAUCUCAGUAUCCAACGAAAUGCUGCAAAAUUUAGGUGGGAUCCAUUUCAUAUUUCGUCAACAAUGUCAAACAACACAGUAAACACUGUAGGCUCACCAUAUCCUCUUGAAAACUAUCCAACAUAUUACUCAGUCCAGGUACUGCCGAUGCAAAACACAAAUGCUGAUGUCUUGAGGGAAAAGGUGACUUUUCCAAGCAAAUCGGAACGUCGUGAAUUUCAAAAUCCCGAAAAGAACACACAAGAUGGAACAGAAAAAAAGCAGCAUUCAUCAGUUAUUGUGUCAUUCGACAAGAAACACGGUUAUGUUAAUCCUCUUUGCCCAGAAUUUGUUGAUUAUUCCCCAAAUGAUCCCUGUGAGAUGGCCAUUUCAAGAACUCGUCUUCCGCAUGUCUCCAUAACUUUACCUCCAAAUAAUUCCGAAUUUCAUGGGCCCUCUGAAUCUUUAUAUGGGCGUGUUUCACCCUUGUCCUUGCUCCAUUCAUCAUUACUACCAUCAAAAUCGUCUCCUUCGUUAUUUUCAUCUAUGUCCUCUUCAUUAUCACAAGUCUCAUCUCGGGCAUCGGCCACUAGACCUCUGGGAUUACAGGAGUUACCUCAUACCGGCGAGUUCUUGAAUCGGAAACCUUUCAGUGAGAAGAUACUGUUGAGGUCAAGAAGAACUGUGAUCAGCUCUGACACUUCAUUUCAGCCAGGCACCACAAAAGUUCGGAAAACCUUACAAAGAUCUUCUAUGGCUUUAAAAUCAACAUCCAUACUUUCUAACGCUAUUAAACCCACAAGACAGCAGAAUAUUAUUUUAGUUCAAACACAGAAUACAGCAGUUCUCAACUUCUUAUCCGGUCUUGGACCUCUGAAACUGGAAAGUGAAAGUAUAGGGAGAAAGAAUCCUGUUGAUCAGUUACCUAAUUGCCGCCCUGUUUCCAAGUGCACUCGGAAGUACGGAGAUCACCCUCUCGAUUUCUGCAUUUACGGAUUUCUUCCAUCAUGCCAAGAGGGUUACGUCCGCUGUCUUGACAAUUAUUUUGGACCAUUUAACGAACUCUGUCUGAAUGAACUGUCAUCACUGAAAGAUGGGUCGUCCAGUCAAACUAAAGUUUUGCUGUCGUAGUGAGGGAACAACCAAAUUACAUUAUCACUGUGUGGGAUGAACCAAGACCACCACUUAGUUCAUCGGUGGUCUUGGAUGAUGCCGUUUGGAUGGUGAUGGUGUGACAGUAACGGUUCCUCUCAUAAUUCUUCAAGUUAACCACUACUAGAAUAGCACAAAUUUCAGUUUGGAAUAAAUAUACAUUGUUCCCAAUUGCUUAAUCUUUUUGCUUUUUUUAGAAAAUGUUCACUGUAGUAGAUAUUUACGUUCUUGCAAAGGGGGUUAGUUACAUAUUUAGGGCGUCUGCUGACCUUGUUUUGUUUUAACCUCCAGUCUCAGAUUACGAAAUUACUUUAACAUAAUAUUUUAAUUCGCACAUCGUUUCAACAAACUGUUAGCUAUAUUCUCAUGAUACGCAAUUUGAUUGGAUAAUCUCCGAUACGCACUUUUAGUACAUUGUCUUAUUUCCAAUAUUUCCUCAUGAACGUGUUUUGUAUGCCUUCUAGGAACUUUAUAAAUGUGCACCAACUUUUGGAUUCUUAUUUCAUAUCCAUCACAAUUAGUAUGUAAACGGCCGCUGGAAAUAACGCAGACAUCGAAACUUCAAAUUUCUUUUGAAACCUCCAAUAACACUGGCGACAUUUACCCUCCUAACAAUUGCGAGGUGCUCAAUAGCAGAAUCUUAUGCAAAAUAUGAAAACCUUGAGAGAGGGAGACCUUAAAAAUAACAAGUAAUAAACGAUUACUAAAAUGCCUACGGCACAGCUUAUAUUUGUGUUAAAAUUUACCUAACUUUACACCAAAACGAAGUCAUUUAGGAAAUGAUAAUGCAGGCUUUUUGUCUUUUAAUUUCUACUCUACCUGCAUUAAUAUUCUCUUCCCUCUGACUUCCAACCUCUAUAACAAAAUGCAGCAGCGAGGUUUUCCUCUUGUUACAUCUUUCUUAUAUUCCGUAGGGGGUUAGUGCAGUCAAUGGACCUCAUGCAGUGUACUGUAGGCAUUACUUAAGGUUCUUUGCAGCAUGCAUUCGGCGCCUAGCUGCGCCCACUUUCUUUCCUUUUACUGUAGCCUACCAUUAUUCAAAUUAUUUCACUUCACCUUACUUUCCACCCUCUCCUAUUACUUGAUUCAUAGUGCAACUGCGAGGUUUUCCUCCUGUUACACCUUUCCAACCUCACCAGAACGCAUGGAUGGCCGCUGCAUAUUU